UUGUUUAACAAAUUGACAAUUGGCUUUAAAAUGGCUAUGCCGUGGUUUCAUAUAUGUAAUUCUGUAAUGAUAAGAUGAAAUUUAUUUCAUAGGUGUGUCUGUUGAAUUAAUCGAAAAAAAACGCUAUUAUGAAGGAAUUCAAACGAGGUUCGAUCGUCGUCGUAUGUAGUUGCUCGAAUUCCAGUGCCGACGCGUCGGAAUCGGUUAACGAAAGUGUCGAAACAUAAAUGAGGGUUAGAAAAGAUAUUUGUUAUUGAAUAUUAUCGGUGAUCGGGGUGCAUUAGGAGCGAGCAAACAUGUGGAAUAUGAUGUGCGACGUGAUGCCCACGAUAUCGGAGGACAGUAUCAGCCAGAGGAGUUCGCAAUUCUCUGGCGAAGACGCGAAUUUCGAGCAGCUCAUGGUGUCGAUGCUCGACGAAAGGGACAAGCUAAUGGACAGCCUGAGAGAGACUCAGGAACGUUUGGCCGAGACUGACUUGAAGCUGCAGGAAACCGAGAAGGAACGGGACUCGUUGCAUAGACAAAUCGCCGCGAAUCUACCGCAAGAAUUCUCAACACUUACCAAAGAAUUAAACGCAGCUAGAGAGCAUUUGCUCGAAAGAGAAGAAGAAAUAUCCGAACUGAAAGCCGAGCGGAAUAACACUAGGCUACUUUUGGAGCACCUGGAAUGCCUUGUAUCGAGGCACGAGAGAUCCCUGAGAAUGACCGUGGUGAAACGCCAGGCGGCCGCCCAAUCGGGAGUUUCCAGCGAAGUCGAAGUCCUCAAAGCGCUGAAAAGCCUGUUUGAACAUCACAAAGCUCUAGACGAAAAGGUUCGAGAGAGAUUGAGAGUGGCUCUGGAGAAGAAUACCACUUUGGAGGAGGAGCUGACGGCAACCAAAGAAGAGUUACAACAAUAUAAGCAGGGCGUUUUGCCAUCGAAUGCAGUAGCGAAUGAAGAGAAACCCAAAGAAAACGGACAGCUUGAUCUAGCGGACCAAAUUACUACUGCUAAUAACAAGGCCCCGUCGAAAUUGCGUCUGGCUAACGGCAAUCUGGAUCCGGAUAGCGAUUCCGCCGCCAGAAUCGCCGAUCUACAAACGGCGCUCGAACAGCAAACCGCGGAAAUAAGCAACUGGCAACGGCGCGUGGCCGAAACGCAGAACCGCGUCGCCGAAUUGGAGGAGAACCUCUCCAAGGCGCAGAAGGAGCUGCUGAAGGCGCAAGACGUCAAUUCCAAAUUGCAAAGGGACCUCAGAGAGAACGUGGCCCAAAAGGAGGACCAGGAGGAGCGGAUAGCGACGUUGGAGAAGCGGUAUUUGAACGCCCAACGGGAGUCGACCUCGUUGCACGAUUUGAACGAGAAAUUGGAGCAGGAAUUGCAACACAAGGAGGCCCAGAUUAAAUUGCACGAAGAAAAGAUAGCGGCGAUACAAGAGAAGCUCGAAUUGGCCGAUCAGAAAUUGGCCCAAUGCUCGAAAUUGCCGGAGAUCGAAGAGCAAUUGAAGCAACGCAUGGAAGCGUUGACUCAGGUGAGACCGCAGGCCCAAGAGAGACACGGAUCGGCCGAGGAUCGCAUACAACGAUUGGAAGCGAACCUCGACGAGAAGAACGCCGAAUUGAUUCGGCUCAAUCAACGGCUCAAAAUGAACGAGGAGCACAAUUCGCGGCUCUCGUGCACCGUCGACAAGUUGCUAUCGGAGUCGAACGAUCGCCUGCAGGAGCACCUGAAGGAACGCAUGCACGCCUUGCAGGAGAAGAACAGCCUCACGCAAGAAUUGGACAAGACGCGGAAGAUGCUGGAGGAAUUGGACGGGCAAAAGUCCGACAUAAUGAAGGAGCUGGCCAAAUCGCGCUUGGAAAUCGACAACGUCAAACGCCAAAUGCUCCAGCAGGAGAUCUCGUACAACAUCCAACAAACCGACGCUUUGACCAGAUCGUUGUCGCCCAACGCCGUGGAUCCGAGCAAUUUCUCGCGCAGCGCCAGCCAUUCGAGCUUCGACGGGCACUCGUUGCCGCGUCGCGGCGGCGGCGCCAAGAGUCGCACGCCCAUCGACGAGGAGCCGAAGCUGCCGUUCGGGUCGCGCUCGAUGACCGAGCACGAGUGGGAGAAGCUGCAGCAGGCGCACGUCCUGGCCAACGUCCAGCAGGCGUUCGACGUGUCGAGCGACGCCGAGGGCGACGACGCCGAGAGCAUCUUCAGCCAGCAGGACAUCCUGUCGCCCGACGGGCCCACCGACGCUCAAACGCUGGCCAUGAUGCUGCAGGAACAACUGGAUGCCAUUAACAAUGAGAUACGUUUGAUACAAGAGGAGAAGCAGAACACGGAGGCGAGAGCCGAGGAAUUGGAAUCGCGCGUCGGCAGCAUGGAGCACGUGAAUCUGUUGACGAGAGGCAGGAGUUUGGAACGUCCAAGUCCACCAGUAAGCGGUAGAUCAACACCUAAAUCACAUCAUUCUCCUCAAAGAGAUCAUUUACAUAAGUACCAUACGCUCCAACUGGACCAUCUCACGACGGAUCUGAUGAUGAUGGACGAUUCGCAUCUCGGCGACGGCGCCAACGACGGCGGCGCCUCGCCGCUCACGGCGCGCCAUCUGCGACUCGAAAGGGUCGCGCAGGCGCUCGCCCACAGCCAAGAGGAGCUCAGAAGGCACGGACAGACAUACACACCCCCAUCACCUCUGUCCUCUCGCCAUAGCAGCCAGGAGAGCCUGCACAAGAACGCCCUGGCCGGCCUGCCCAGGGACAUGUCUUCCGCCGCCGCCGCCGUCGCCGCCGCUCAAAAGAAGAAGGGCAUCAAAUCGUCGUUGGGACGGUUCUUCAGCAAAAAGGAGAAGGUGAAAGGCAAGGAACCGGCCGGACAGGAAACCAACGUCAGCUUCAAUCCGGGCAUCGGGAUGAUGCCCGACAGCGACGCCAACGACGGAAUGACCAUCACCGCGAAAAUUGUACAUAAAGGCGAAUUCGACAGGAAGCAGAAGAAGAAGGAACGGGACUACAGACACGAGCUGUUGGCGGAGGCCAUGAAGGCCGGCACGCCGUUCGCCCUGUGGAACGGUCCGACGAUCGUCGCCUGGUUGGAAUUGUGGGUGGGAAUGCCGGCCUGGUACGUGGCCGCCUGUCGGGCCAACGUCAAAUCGGGCGCCAUCAUGAGCGCCUUGAGCGACACCGAAAUCCAAAGGGAAAUCGGCAUCAGCAAUCCGUUACACCGAUUGAAGUUACGCUUGGCGAUCCAGGAGAUGGUGUCGCUGACGUCGCCGUCCGCACCGAAAACGUCCAGAACGACAUUGGCGUUCGGCGAUAUGAAUCACGAAUGGAUAGGCAAUUCGUGGCUGCCGGCGUUGGGACUUCCCCAGUACCGUACUACCUUUAUGGAGUGCCUGGUGGACGCCCGAAUGUUGGACCAUUUGACUAAGAAGGAUUUGAGAGGGCAGUUGAAAAUGGUGGACGGUUUCCACAGAACUAGUUUACACUACGGCAUCUCCUGUUUGAAGCGAUUGAACUUCGACAGGAAUUCCUUGGAGGAUAGGAGGAAAAAUAGCGAAAAUACAAAUUCGGAUGUGCUGGUGUGGAGUAACGAACGCUUAAUCAAAUGGGUGUCUUCUAUAGGAUUAAAGGAUUACGCCAAUAAUUUGGAGGAGUCCGGUGUUCACGGUGCAUUGAUCGCAUUAGAUGAGAAUUUCGACGCGGAUAGUUUAGGAUUGGCUUUGCAAAUACCUACACAAAACACUCAGGCACGACAAACUCUUAAAAUAGAAUAUGUAAAUUUGUUGAGUGUAGCUACCGACCGAAGGCCGCAGGAUAUGCAAUCUUGAUCUGUUGCAGACCUUCACUACGAUUAAUAUUUAAAAAAAAUGACCACGUAGUGUUCCUUUGUUUCCAAAAAAAAUAUUAAGAGUUAUCUUCUUCGUUGAUAACAGGUAAAGUGAAGACAAAAAUCGAUGUAUUCUGUUGUGAGGGGUGGGGUCAUGAAUAUGAAAACGUAGAAAUCCCGACACGGUUUCUAAACGGAAGAUAUAAUGAGCUUUAAAUGAACUAAAAAUACCUUGUAUCGUAACUAAUAACUCAUAGUAUUAUUAACUGUACAUUAAAUUGUUGUUUGUUGGGGUUACCAGCGAUAAGUAAAACAUUGUUGAAUGUGGCAGUGACAGUCAGUAUUAUCCCAAGCGUGCCUGCACUACCUUCCAGUGCUAUCAUCGUACAUACAUAAAAGCUUCGUGGUUCUGAUGGAGAAUUUACAUAAAUAGACUGUUUUAAGUACUACCAUAGUUAAACAAAAAAAAUGUAUCAAUGAUAAUUACUUAAAUACUAUAAUUUUAAAUUCGACUUUAUGAUUUUCGAAUGCUAAAACUCGUAAGGUAAAAAGUAGUCAUAUUGUAUUGUAUAAAGAAAAGCUGCCAUACAAGUUAUUAUUCUGUAGAGUAUAUUGUUCUUUUUUAUAUUAUUAUAAAUUUAUAUUUAUUGAUAAUAGCCAAAAAAUAUUUUAAAAAUACAAAUAUAACGAUUUAUUUUAUCUUUAUACGUUUAUACGUUUAUUUAUUAUUAUUAUUAUUAUUAUUGUAUAUUUUAUUUAUUCGCUUGAUU